UUGACAUUUGACAUAUUUUGUCUGAUUGAGUUAAGUUUAUCAUUUAUAUACAGGUGUUUUUUCCAAAGCUGUUUUUGUCUAGAUUUUUCAUAAUGUCGCAAUAUAUACCAUACCAACUUGAAGAUUGCAGCCUCAGUAAAGAUAUAACGCAGCCACAAUUAUUAUGUAUUUGCUGUUUACAACAAGACUUACGAUUUAUUUCUUUGAAAAACUGUAAACAUAAAAAUUUUCUUAAUAAUUUUGCCGUACCGAACAUAAAAACUGAAGAUAACGUUGUAUGCUUCCAAUGCCACUUUGUGUUGAAAAAAAUUCAAGAAUUUAGUCUGCGAGUGCAGGAAAGCUUCGAAAUUCUUAAUGAUAAGCCUAUCAACAUAGAAAAGAAACCCACAAGGCUAAGAAUAGAGAAAACAGUAGACAUAUUAAUACAUCAAAAGGAGACACAGACAGACUUAACACCAUUGAUAGAUAAAGAAAUGGAAAGAAAAAGAGAGCAAAAACUGAAAAAUAUAGAAGUGGCGCUGGAUAUUAUUGACAGUAACAAUUCUAUGCCUCUGAUGGGACUAUUGAAUGGAAUAAAAAGUAUCAAGGAUGAUAUAUUAGGUUUCACAGUGAGAGACAGUUUGAGUGUGCAGUCUUCAAGAACCCCACAAUCUGGAGAUAUUUAUCAUAAACAUCAAGAUGUAGCCCCAUCGACAAAAAACAACCGACCAAACCCAAUAACGAAAGUGAAGUUAACAAAAAGGCAAUUAAUGCGAGAGAGAUACAUCCUAUCUACAUCCAAACAAUACUUAAAAUGUCCAUAUAAAUGCAAUAGCUGCAUACAAGGCUUCAACUUCAAAGAAAACCUUGAAGAUCAUAUUGUCAGAAAGCAUGCAACGGUGGGACAGACUUGCGACAUAUGCAUGCAGGUCCUCCCAGAAGGCAUAGAUAUGCAUAUGCGAAGACAUUUCUGUCGAUACGUAUGCGUAUGUCGCAAAAUGUUUGUAAGUCGCGACGAAGCUGUCCAUCAUUAUGCGAGACAGCAUUUGAGGCAUAAAUGCGAAAUUUGUGGGUAUAUGGCUAACGAUUCGAAGGAGAUGAAGGUACAUCGAGUUAAAAGGCAUAAGUUUUUGUGCAAGCAAUGUGGAGUUGUUUUUGCGACGACCAGAAGACUUCGUUGGCAUGUUAUGGCGAAACACAAGAACCUAAGCUCAGAAAGUUUCCACGACCUACCCAUCCUUGAAAUUCAAACGAUAAAAUGACCCCAUUUUAUCUACUCACGGAGUUUAGAAUAUGCAUCAGAUAUUGCGAUGGGGACACCCUGUAUUACACCAUGGGACUGAUUAUAGCGAAAAGUAGCACUAAUUGUGCCUCUGCCUACCCAUUUCGGGAUGAAAGGGGUCAAUGGAAGCAGAUUUAAUCUUGCAAUAAAAAAACUAUAAAGCCAUGCUUGUUCAGAUUGGAUGGAGUUGUCCAUUACUGCAUUUGGUUGGUUUUUUCUUUUGUUAUUGGAAACCCCGCUGUUAACACCGGGGAAAACCCGCGAAUGGGAUACAGGCUUAGCGACUGCAAGGUCCUGGAAGAAAGUUGGGAGAGGAUAGCUGUGAAGGAAGGAUAAAGAAUCCUCUUAAGAUGGGAGGAGAAAAGAAGGCUAGGAACUGUUCGCAAGCCCUUAGGGGCCUCAAUGUGAAUUGGCAACCAUGAGGUAUACACACUUGACUGUGUGCCUUGGGCCGCGACAAGUGUCCCCCAGCGCGGGCGUGCAUUCAGUGCGAGGACCAAGAGCACAAAAAUUGCCUCAGGGGGGGGGGGGUCUGUUUGUUUGGUUGCGACUUGGACAGUUGAUUUACCGUUUCAAUAAACGAUCUCUGCUUUUAUCGACUCGCGAAAAUAGACCAAUCAGAACGAAGUAUUUUUACAUGUUCACAAAUGAUAUUUUGAUUGGUUUGUUCUUUGGAUCGCUUAUUAAAAUUCGCCGACUCACAA